CAGCUGAUGAGACCACAUGUGAUAUGAAGUCGACGUGGUUCAAUAGCUGGAGCAUCCCCUGUUGUUUUUAGAAUGCAACUAGGACACAAGCAGUGACUCCAUGACAACCAGUGGUUGCAUGACAACCAGCCAUGACCCCAUGGACAGAGCAGACUGCUAGGCUCGAGUUAACACCCCAAGGGUGCUUGUUAUACAGGGCAGUCUAGCCUGCAACCAAUCCGAACACAACAGUGAGGGGGAAAAUGAUGCAAAGAAGAGAAACAGGUGCAGGAGGGCCGCAGUAUGGACAGCGGAUGGUUUUUACAGGCCCUGAUGGGAUUGGAGACUACAGGCCGAGAUCUAAUUAUUUUCCUGGGAACAUCGGUGUUGGUGCCACAUCACCUGAGGCCACUGGAGAUCUCAGUUAUUUGUGUCGGGCUGCACCGCUUUCCCACCCUCCCAUGUCUAGGCAGAGCUAUGUAGGUGAGGUGGGCUGGGGAUGGCAGUACAACCAGCUGCUAAACAGUGGGGCUCUGCUCAGCAAUAUGCAAAUCAAGAAAACAGAGUUACGAGCAACGCUGGAGGACAGAGUCACUCAGAAGUUUCAGAGCAAAUGAUAAAUGCGGUGAAUUUGUUUUGUGUCCCUUGCACAGAAUCAAAUUACAUGUGUGUACUGUGUCACCGGGAUAAGAGAGGACAUCUCAGGUGGCUGCAUUGUAAGUUCUCUGCUUCCCCAUCCAUAAUGCAACACUUCUGCAGGAACACGCGGCUCUACCGCCGCAGAUAAGCAGGGCACGCAAGAUACACAAAGAAUCACCUAAACUAACACUCAGAGAGGUUUUCCUUGAAACCUAACAUCCUCAUUUACAGUGAAGUGUCGUCGAAUUUAUUGCUUCAUUUCAAUGCUUUAAGAGUCUUGAUACAAUGGUAAACGAAUUGAUCAGGAUAUGGCCUUUAAUUUGUACAUAAACCUGCCCUGAUGAUGACUUAAACGUGCGAGGCAUGCUAACGACAGCUCAAAGAUAAAACCUGAAUAAAUCAGUGAAGGACACCACAACAAAGGGCAAGCAGAGUCACACCACAAAUAGCUGGAUAUGAAAAUGGCAGUAUGGCCUUUACAAUCAAUAUGCCAAUGAAUGAAUAUCUUCAAUAUAAGAGAUGAUAUGAGUUAGAGCUGGACCCAGUUGAUCUAACUGUAUAUUGCAUUGCAUUUUAAUACCAUGUAAUACCUAUAAUUUGCGCAAACUAUUACUAUAAUCUGUAGCUCCAUAAUCUGUAGUGGAUGUUGCAUCUAUCCAGUGUUAUAAUGAGGCUUGUAGGAUUUAUACUUAAGAGUGUUGAAGCUGUUUUGGUUAAUAUGGCAUUAAGUAUUGUUUUUUCCCCCUUUGUCAUUUCAUCAAAAGAGCUUUUUUUCACAGCACACAUUAUGACUUAACACAACAAGGAAAGCAGAGGUAUAUUCAUGAUGGCUGCUUUCCAGUUAGGGGAAAGAGGCCUUUGUGCAUACUGGUUCACUGGUAUGACUUACUGGGACUCUUAACAAAACUCAGCCAUCUCUAAUUCCUCCUGCCUCUGUGUAAUGAUGCUACUGGAUACCGAAUCUAUUAUUCAUUAAUAAGCCUGUAGUUUCCUGACUGUGACUAGUCAAAAUGUCUGCAGUGAAAACGUUUAUUCUCUCUCCUGCCUUUUGCGACCACUAUAACACGUUGAGCUGCCGACAUUCAUUCCUGUCUCAGGGACAGUGCACAUUCAUCUUUGUCACCGUCUCAAUUUAAGCCAAAAAGCCUGUUGUUCCAAAAACAGAUUGUUCUUCUUAAGUAAGAAAAAAAAACAAAAAACAAACACACAUACACAAGACACAGAACCAGUAUAUAUUUAAUGGCAAGGUAAAUCAGUACUGUGAAAAUCCUUAGCCUAAGAUCUCUACGAGUAGAAAAUGUAUAUACGGUAUAGUUUUAGUUUUAAUGAACCCAUCACACACAUUAUUUUAAUAUAAACAAUAACAACAAAGAUAUGUAACAUAGAAAGAUGAAAAUGGAUUAGUGAUGAAAACACUAGAAAGGAAAUAGAAAAUGACACACACAACACUGUUGUAGGCAAUCAUUUAAAGAACAGUUAUCAGCAGCACAUUGGACCAACGUUGCUUCUCUUUAGCAUUAGACGCUGGGAAUAUGCUGCUACUUUAUUGCUAAUCGAGCCAAGCAUCAGCUAGAUUCCGAAAACAAGGCUGGAAUAAUGUUGUUCUUAAGGCUGACAUCCUGGGAAACAGCAGCACUUGUAUCUUGGCUGCGAUCUGAGAGCUGGGUCGCAUGAACCAGGAAAUACUGCGAAUAGCCUUAGCUACAUUCCCAGGCUCUCGAGCCAUGUAUUUAUAGUAAAUGCAUCCCCAGGAAAAAAAGGCAGGAUGUGCUAGUUUCCUAAAUUUUAUCAUUGGACUAAAAGGGAGUCAGGAACGCCUCUGCACACUUGAAAAGCCAUUCGACUGCAAGAUCCGAUUAGCAGACAUCUUUUUAACAUUUCAAGUUAAAGAAACCAUUUAAAAAAUACCCAAACAUCAAGCAAAACCUCUUUUGAGGAGGCGAUCUUUAUUCUAAAUUGAACAGCUAUUUAUGUCAGCCACAAAGACGAGCUACAGCUACAAAUUCAUUCGGUCUCGAUAUCCCUUUUCUCCGAACAAAAUAGUCCAAUCUGAAUAUAGGGGAAUUUAAAACUAAACAUGAUUAUUUAAAAUGCAAGAGAACAUCAGGGCAAAUUAAAACAACACAACCUGUAGGUGAACAUGUAUGCAGCUGAUGGUGGAGUCUUGCAGCAGCCUCCUAUUUAUAUCGAUGUCGACAGAUGGCAUUCUACCACCUGUGGCGAACAGAGGACUUGACUGUUAAUGAGAUGAGUUUAAAUUCUGACUCUAAAUGCCCUGUAACAGGUUGAUUUUUCAGUUUAGAAGUACUCAAGUAGAUUCCAGUUGCACAGUUCUAAACAACUGCUGUGAAAGUUCAUCGUAUGUUUAUGAGUGCACUAAUUAAAGUAUAA